UUCAAGAUGGCGGCCGCGGAUAUGGAGACGUGGUGGGCCUUGCUGCUGUUGACCAUGUUGCCUGUGGUUCGGCCCUUUUAUGUUCCCGGAGUUGCACCCCGGGACUUUCGUGAGGGUGAGACUGUAGACAUAAAGGCAGUGAAGCUGACCAGUUCCCGGACCCAGCUCCCGUAUGAAUACUAUUCCUUGCCUUUCUGUAAGCCAGAUACCAUUUUCUACAAGGGAGAAAACCUUGGGGAGGUGUUACGUGGGGACCGUAUUGUGAAUACCCUGUAUAAUGUGGAGAUGACCAAGAACAAGAAGUGUGAGAUGGUGUGCAACAAAAAAAAGCUCAGCGUUGCAGAAAGCAAACUGUUUGCUGAGCGGAUUCAGGAGGAGUAUUAUGUUCACCUUAUUGCAGACAACCUACCCGUUGCCACCAGGUUAGAGUAUUAUCCCCCUAACAGAGAGACAGGAGGAGAAGAGGACCAGAAGAAAGACAUCCAGUUUGAACAUGGUUACAGACUGGGCUUUGUCGACAACAACAAGUUUUACUUGCACAACCACCUGUCCUUCAUCCUGUACUACCACAGGGAGAAACUAGAGCAGGAAGACAUCCACGACUACAGGGUGGUGCGAUUUGAGGUUGUUCCCCAAAGUGUGAAAAUAGAGGAUCUGAAGCCUGUUGAAGAGGAUAAGAUGUGUACAUUGCCUGAGGCCAGCGGCUCAGCCCCUCAGGAGAUUGACCCGAGCAAAGAGAAUGAAGUACUCUUCACCUACUCCGUCAGCUGGAAGGAGAGCGAGGUGAAGUGGGCGUCUCGAUGGGACACAUACUUGACCAUGAGUGAUGUCCAGAUCCACUGGUUCUCCAUCGUCAACUCGGUGGUGGUGGUCUUCUUCCUGUCUGGUAUUCUGAGUAUGAUUAUUAUAAGGACAUUGAGGAAGGACAUCGCAAACUACAACAGAGAGGAUGACAUAGAGGACACUAUGGAAGAAUCCGGAUGGAAGAAUGUCCAUGGUGACGUCUUCAGACCACCCCAGUAUCCCAUGAUCCUCAGUUCUCUGCUGGGCUCAGGGAUUCAGCUCUUCUGCAUGGUCCUCAUUGUCAUCUUUGUUGCCAUGUUGGGCAUGUUGUCUCCAUCCAGUAGAGGGGCUUUGAUGACUACUGCUUGCUUCCUCUUUAUGUUCAUGGGUGUAUUUGGAGGAUACUUUGCCGGCAGACUUUACCGCACACUGAAAGGCCAUCGGUGGAAGAAAGGAGCAUUUUGUACAGCAACGUUGUAUCCUGCAGUGGUUUUUGGAAUCUGUUUUAUCCUCAACUGCUUCAUCUGGGGAGAGCACUCCUCUGGAGCAGUUCCCUUCACAACCAUGCUGGCCCUGCUCUGUAUGUGGUUUGGAAUCUCCAUGCCCCUGGUCUACCUGGGCUACUACUUUGGCUUCCGUAAGCAGCCUUAUGAUAACCCGGUCCGCACCAACCAGAUCCCUCGGCAGGUCCCAGAGCAGCGCUGGUACAUGAACAAGUUUGUAGGAAUCCUGAUGGCUGGGAUCUUGCCUUUUGGCGCCAUGUUCAUUGAGCUCUUCUUCAUUUUCAGUGCCAUCUGGGAGAAUCAGUUCUACUACCUCUUUGGCUUCCUGUUUCUGGUCUUCAUCAUCUUGGUGGUCUCCUGCUCUCAGAUCAGCAUCGUCAUGGUUUAUUUCCAGCUCUGUGCAGAGGACUACCGAUGGUGGUGGAGAACCUUUCUGGUUUCAGGUGGCUCGGCAUUCUAUGUACUUAUUUAUGCCGUCUUCUACUUUGUUAACAAGCUGGACAUUGUGGAGUUCAUCCCUUCACUAUUGUACUUCGGCUACACAGCCUUGAUGGUCUUGUCGUUCUGGCUGCUUACAGGCACGAUUGGCUUUUAUGCAGCCUAUAUGUUUAUCAGGAAAAUCUAUGCUGCAGUCAAGAUUGAGUGAGUCGUCACUGUCGCCACUGCUGGGGUUCUUUUUUUGUGUGUCAUUUUGUUUUUGUUGUCAGUCACAUUUUUUUUUUUUUUUCUAACAUGUUUUUUUUUUAAUUCAUGUCCAAACCAGCACUGACUUUUGAGUAGUGGGAAUAAGAACGGUGCGUUUUUACGGUGCAACAGCCCCACCCACUGGCUUCAAGGGGAAGAACAGCUGUGUGGCAGCGCUACAUGGCUCUGCUGUUUCUAUGAGCCCCCCUCCCCCCUCCUCUUCCUCCUCCUCACAGGACAGAGAAAGAGAAAACCUCCUUAUUGGACAGUAAUAGUCUUCUGCUGUUUUGUCGUACACACAUCACAGUGGGCCAAAGCUUGUCAGACGAAGGGUUCUGCACUUUUUUUUUUUUUUAUUUUUGUGUUGACUCAAGCAAACCUAACUUAUACAGAGUUUUUUUUGUUAUCACAAAAACUGCAUCAAACUUAAUUUCUUUAAAUAACUUCCUGGGAAGAGAUUUCCUCUCUGUUCUCUUUCCAUUAUCUUUUUUUUUCCAGAUGUCGUUUUUUUUUUCCUCUUUUGUCUGAUUUCAGAGACUUUACAGAUCCGAGGAGGAUUGGGUUGUCUAACUGUGGUUAUGGUGUUAAGCUUGUUGUCUUGAACUGAUGUGGGUGGAAAUAAUGCUGGGAAGUUUUACAUUGUAACACAAGAAAGGAUAAAUUAAAUGUACUAUUAUUUUUUACUACAGUUUCCAUGUCCUGGUGUGACCAUGUUAACCACAACUGUAAUCAAAAUAUUAGUUUCUCCUUCCAAAACAGUGGUCUCUUAUUAAUGUCAAAAUAUUGGUCCAUUUGCUCUAAAUGAUACAGAACAGCACUGAAUGGGACUGUGCUAAAAUAUGUGAACCCAUUGCCCCGAAGUAAUGGACUGUUGGAUGAAGCCACUGGAGUUGGACAGAAGAAAAAGCUCUGUACAGUCGCAACACAUACGAGGAGGACUAUCUUCUAUCUGAAAAGUAGAAGCUCUUUUGUCUGAUGUGUGUUUGAAGCUUUUCCGGUCGUCACUUGCAAAAAUGUCUAAGUUUUUUCCUCAUUCUUUUCCAGUCUUGAACUAUGCCGUCAGUGUAGCCUUAGCAGUGCCGGGUGCCUGCUGAACUAUGCAGUUAUGGAAGGAAGUGCAACAUUUGCGAAGGUUAAAUCCAAGGACCAUUUAGCUGAGGAUCGAUGCCUCCUUAUUUGUUUUGAGUCUAAUGUAUGAUACAUUCUGUGUACAUGAUGAAAAUAAUUUCUGAGAGCCAGCGAGACCUCCUGUGUGCGUUCCAGCCCAAUAGCAGUAGGAUGCAGAGACCUCCAGUGUUGUUAAUAGAUCUGUGCAGUAACGUGAGGCUGUUUCCGUGAAGACUGACACCGGUAUUCUUACAUUACAGCUCGUUUUCUGCUUUUAAGAUGACAUUUUUGUGGUUGCUGAACUGUAGUUGCUCUUUCCUCAGGUUCAGAGCAAAGUCUAAACUGUUUUUCUUAAUGCGUUUGUGGAGCUGAGGAACUUUCCACCGACAACCACUUUAGUUUACUGUAGCAGAUUAAUGAUGUCUGCGUCCACCUACAUUAAAAAGACACACAACAUAUGUCUGAGUCUGCCCCCCCGUCAGUAAAUGUGAUUACAGCAUCUGUCCACAGGCUCCUUCUAAACAAUGUCAGUUGUUUUCUUCCUGCAUCAGAGGUUACUGUCAAACCGGUUUUGGUGCAGGAUGUAUUUAUGUGUGUAACUUGAUCAGUUUUUAGUGGUAGGCGUUUUUGCACAGGAGUUUUUUUUGUUUGUUUGUUUUUUGGUUUUUUUUGUCGGUGUGGUGCUGUACAGAGGAGGGACAGGUGCCUAAGACCAACCCUGAUUCUCCAGGGAUAAAACAGUUAUGGUGAUGGUGAAUGAAUGUCUCAUCCUUUCAUUUUUGAGUCAACCUCAGACUUGGAUCCUAAGAGGGCAAAAUGAGCCAAAAUCUUACUUUUUUUUUUUUUUUUUUUUUUUUUUUUUUUUACUUUUUGGCCAUGUAAGACUGCUCAGAAAAUCCCAGAGGUUUAAAAAAGAAAAAUUUCAUAAAUGUCUGGAUUAUUACUCUAAAUUCCCGUGUCCUUCCCCAUCCAAAGCUCUUCUUGUACACAGACCACCGUUUGUCCUCUGUUUUCUGUCAGAAUUGCUGACACUCGGCUGCUGUCUCAUGUAAAGACAGAAGGACACUCUUCUCCUGCUGCUGAGGUGCACAUGCCAGGGGAGAUUUUUUACAGAUAGACUUUUAAGUGGCCCGAGUCAUGCGUGCAUAUGUAUGAUCGAGGGGUUUACAAUGUAAAUAAAAGAAAAACUGCUUUGUAUUGUUGCGUUUUCGCUGUUUGUGGCGCUCUCUGUAAUGACCCUGUCAUCGUUUUAGCCAAAAGCAUGAUGCUCAUGAUGACUUUCAAAAAAAAAAAAAAAAAAACUCGUUUCUGUUACUUUUAAUCUUUGGUUUCUUUUACAGAAUGUUCAAUUAUAAAAUGUACAAUGACAAAACAAUAAAGUGAUGACAAGUUGAAUAUGAA